AUGAAGGCCUGCACAUUUGUCACGGGCAACCCCAACAAGGUGAUCGAGGUAACCGCUAUUCUGGGAGACACGAUUCCAAUUCGCACUCUCGCGCUGGAUCUCCCCGAAAUUCAAGGAUCGCUAGAAGAAAUUGCACGAGACAAAUGUCGACGGGCGACACAGAUUGUGGAUGGACCCGUGAUUGUCGAGGACUCUGCAUUAGAGUUUUAUGCGAUGAAUAGUCUUCCGGGACCGUACAUCAAAUACUUCCUCGAAGCGCUCGGAAACGAUGGCUUGAACAAACUAUUGGCUCCGUACGAGGAUAAAAGUGCGGAUGCUGUCUGCACUUUUGCGUAUUCCUCGGGACCCGACCAUGUGCCGAUCGUUUUUCAGGGACGACUUCAUGGUACAAUUGUGCCGGCAAGAGGGCCGCCCGUAUUCGGUGUGUACGGUAUCGCUGUGUGCAAUAUUUGGAUCAAAGGCUAA